AUGCUGGAUAUCGGAGCGUACUUUUCGAAGAGCCCGACCGAACUCGCGGGACGCAUGGCGGAGGUGUUGUCGGUGAUCGGAAGGGUGUACGCGACGUGGCAGUACGAGGAACGGAUGGGGAUUCCUUUGGAGCGGCGAACGCGAGGGAAGAAGCUGCGGGACGGCAUCGCGCGGUUGGGACCGGUGUUUAUAAAGAUGGCGCAGACGCUGAGCACGAGACCGGAUAUAAUCGGUGAGGAGGCGGCGGAUAAUUUAAUGGUGUUGCAAGAUCAAGUCGGGCCGUUUUCUACGGAAGAGGCGCACGCGAUCAUUAAGAGAGAGUUGAGUUGGGACGGCGCGGUUUGCGAGCGAGACGCGAGCAAGCCGGGACCGGCGUAUAGUUUGUACAAGGAAUUGAGCCCGGAGCCCAUCGCGGCGGCGAGCAUCGGGCAAGUGUACGCUGGACGGUUGCAUGAUGGUAGUAAGGUGGCGGUGAAGGUGCAGCGACCGGGGAUGGCGAGGAGGAUCGCGUUGGAUUUGCACAUCAUUCGCCUCGGGUUCGGUUGGGUGGAGGAAUCCGGGCUCAACGGCUCGGAGGAUUUGGACAAGAUUGUCGACCAAGUAGGCGCCGGGAUCUUUCAGGAGCUCGAUUACACAAUCGAGGCGCGCAACGCGGAUGAGUUUAGAAAGUCUUUGCGAUUUUUGGACUACCUCUUCGUCCCGAGGCACCACGCGAACAUGACGACGAAGAAGGUGCUCACGCAACAGUGGAUUCAAGGUCGACCGAUGAAGUCGCUCAGCUUGGAAGAGCAAAAGCUCAUGGUGCAGAUGGGAGUGGAGUGUUCUUCCGCGCAGUUGUUUCGCACCGGACUCGUGCACGCUGACCCGCACGAAGGGAACAUGUUGUUCACCGACGACGGUAAGCUCGCGUUGCUCGACUUUGGCCUCAUUUGCCGCGUCGACGACGACCAGCAAGAGGCCAUGGCGAAUUGUAUUUUGAACAUUUUGAACAGUCAGUGGGGGGAGUUGAUCGAUAACUUGAGAAUAAUGGAUAUGUUACCUCAAGAACCGCAGAUGUGGAUAGAUGAAAACGGCAACCAGGCGGAUUACACGCAAGGCGAGGGUAACCCGAAAGUGCGAGCCAACUUCACCGAGCUCGUGUUGGAUUUGACGAAGAUUUCCACGGCCUAUCGGUUCAAUCUUCCGCCGUACAUGGUUUUCGUCAUUCGAUCGCUCACGACGUUGGAUUUCGCCGCCGCGCGCACCAACUGUAACAUGUACGAAGUCGCCGCGCCGACGGCUAUUUUCCGCGCCUUGUCGCCGCGAACGGAUCGCGGUAAGAAGGCGUUGGAACAAAUGCUAUUGGAUAAAGAUGGGGACGUGAAUUGGUCCAAGCUU